AUGAACAACGAAACUGUCAUCUCCCAGUUCCUCCUCCUGGGCCUGCCCAUUCCCCCAGAGCACCAGCACCUGUUCUAUGCCCUCUUCCUGGCCAUGUACCUCACCACUGUACUGGGGAACCUCAUCAUCAUCAUCCUCAUUCAUCUGGAUUCCCAUCUCCACACACCCAUGUACUUUUUUCUCAGCAAUUUGUCCUUCACUGACCUCUGUUUUUCCUCUGUCACAAUGCCCAAGUUGCUGCAGAACAUGCAGAGACAGGACACAUCCAUCUCCUAUGCCGGCUGUCUGACCCAAAUGUACUUUUUCAUGCUGUUUGGAGGCCUGGAGAUCUUCCUUCUUGUAGUCCUUGCCUAUGACCGCUAUGUAGCCAUCUGUUUACCCCUUCAAUACUCCAGCAUCAUGAGCCCCAAAUUCUGUGUGUGUCUGGUGAUGCUCUCCUGGGUAUUCACUGUGUUUUAUUCCAUGUUGCAUACCCUACUCUUAGCUAGAUUAUCAUUCUGUGAGAACAAUGUGAUCCCACACUUUUUCUGUGACACAUCUGCCCUUCUGAAGUUGGCCUGCUCUGACAUUUAUAUUAAUGAACUAAUGAUAUUUAUCUCGGGGGGAUUUCUUCUUGUCAUCCCAUUCUUGCUCAUCAUUGUAUCUUAUAUACAAAUUGUCUCUUCAAUCCUAAGGGUUUCUUCUACUCGGGCCAUCCACAAGGUCUUCUCUACCUGUGGCUCCCACCUAUCUGUGGUCUCACUGUUCUAUGGGACAAUUAUUGGUCUUUAUUUAUGUCCUUCAGCUACUUUCUCUACUGUUAAGGAGAUUGUCAUGUCACUGAUGUAUACAGUGGUUACUCCCAUGCUGAACCCAUUCAUCUACAGCCUGAGAAACAAAGAUAUGAAAGAGGCACUGAUCAGAAUCCUUUACAAGAAGAAAAUCUCUUUUAAAUGGCAACACUGUAAUUUCUUAUUCAAAUUCAUCUAG